UGUCAACGUUUUAUUUCUUUUUCUAAAAGUAUUCUUACGGCUCUGACAAUUCUUCAGUCUGGAGGAUUAUUGAUCAGGCUCAUGUGUUGCUUUUUAAAAGGAUGUCAAAGUAUAACACACAACCUGAAAUAGUUCAGUUGGCUUUAUAAACUGACCCAAAAGUCAAUCUGCUGUGAUCAAUAUUAUGUGAUUUUUAACUUUGUCUUAAAGAAUGAAUGGAUAUCAGUACUUCACUGUACUUGUUUAUUUUUGAGGGUCUUGCGUUAACUCCACCUUUAUGUGAACUUAUUGGAUUUAUACUGGUUGAAUUUUUAUGAUCGUGUGGAAAUUACUUGUACUUGAUCAGUUUAAGGUAAUCCAUUAUGUAAAGUCAACUCUUGCAAGCAGUAUUUCCAUAAGUACUUUUUUCUUCGGAUACUUGAAGUACAUUUGUCCUUUGUAGUUUUACUGAAAGAUGAAAGUACUUCUAAGGCGUUUUUUUUUUUUGUGGCAUUAAAUUAAACCGAAAAUUUUGAGCUACAAAUAUUUCAUGUUAACACUUUAAUUCACACAAUUGAUAAGAAAUAACAAUCAACUCAAUAAACGCAGUAUUGACUCAUAAUGAAACUAUCCAUAUGAAGGUGUUGAAAUGAGCUUUUAGCGUGAACACAUUAAUGUACAUUUUAUAAAGUAGAGUUUGCACAAUAUUUAGUUUAAAGUAAAUUGUGAUACUUUUGACUUGUAACAGUACACUUUGACACACAUGACUGCUCCUCCUUUUAUUUCAAACAGUUCUUAGACCACUGGCUUUGAAUUAAAUUUAUUACAACUGCAAGAUAUUUGUAUUAAAAUCGUAUUACUGCAGAGUCUAAUUAUGCGCACUAGUUAACGUUGCGGAGUGAUAAUGCGCGACGGUCUGAGCAUGCGCAGCAUCAGCGGCAGAAUAAGGUCCAUAAGAAUGAUCACAAUAAAGCUGAAAACAUAACUAAGAAGCAAUUAUUAAAAUCCACUCUGUCCUCACGUGUUUUUUUUUAACAUGACUUUUCCAACAGCCUCUGAACGCAGCACCGCGAGACUGCAGCGCCUCUUGGUGGCGGAACGAGACGCGUUCAGGGCCGCUGAGGAAAAGAAACCGAAACAAGACUUCACAGCACAGACGAACCGGAGGUAGGUUUAUUAAUGAAGAGCUACACGACAAAACCGAGAUUAAUCCAACAUAUGAAUUCAAAGAUGACAGCAACUCAGUCAGAAGUUUCGUGGUCGUGACGUAUUUAAAAUUACUGUCGGGUUUUAGGAGACUGUUGAAAAGGCGUGACACGGUUUGUUAACCCGAAAAUUACUUUUACCAUGUUCAACGACGAGGACUUCUCUUUGGUGAUCGAUGAAAGAAAGCCCUCCAAAGACAGCUUGGAGGAAAUCAAGGCCUCCAUCGACCGCUACAAGCGAAGACACGAGCAGCUGAUCCAGGAUCAGCAGGAGCUCGCCGCCAUCACAGAGCAGCAGAUGAGGACGACCCAGGAGUUCAGGUGGCGCUGCGACAUGCUGACCCGGGAUCUGGAGAAGGACCAGUGCUCCUACGAAGAGCAGAUUGAGAACAAAAAGGCCCAAGCCGCCCUGAUGCAGCAGGAGGAGACGGAGAUGCUGAAGGAGAUCCAGCGGGUGGAGGAAGCCCUGAAGGAGGAAGAGGCCCAAAACCAGCACCUGCAGCAGCAGGUCGAGGUGUUCACCGCCGUGCCGCAGAGGCCGGUGGACUUCGUGGGCACGAAGGGGAGCGACGCGUUUCAGAUGAGGUCGCGCGUGGUUUACCCGAUGGAGGGCGGCACGGCUCUCGUCACUUUCGAGGACGAAGCGGUGGCCGGUAGGAUCCUGGACAUGAAGGAGCAGCGGGUGGCGCUGGGCUCAGAGUGCAGCAUCGCUGUGGAGGCCCGACGGGUUCAGCUGGUGCUGCCCCAGCUGGUGGAGAUCGACUCCGAGGUGAGCCCCCGGCACGUGUUGGUCUCCAACCUGCCCAAGAUGGAGACUGAGAAGCUGCUGAACAAGCUGGAGAUCCACUUCUCCAAGAGGCGGCACGGAGGCGGAGAGGUGGAGAAGUGCGAACUGCUGCCCGACUCCGACGACGUGGUCAUCACCUUCUUGGAGAGCGACGUCGCCAGAGGUCUGACGGACACAGAGCACCACCAGGUGGAGCUUCAGGGGGGGAAGCAAAGCGUCCGGGUGACUCCCUUCCUCGACGGAACCAUCACAAGCCUGAAGACCAGGGUGGCGGUUUGUCGGCGCACGGUGCUGCUGACGGGGAUCCCCGACGUGAUGAAGCCGGACGGCUUGCUGGACCUGCUGGAGAUCCACUUCCAGAGGAGCACCAACGGCGGAGGAGAGAUCGAAGCCUUCCUGUACAACCCGCUGGGGGGGCGCACCUCGGCCCUGUUCGAGGGCGUCUCCGCCGACUGAGGGGGGGGGGUCACCAUCA